UUUGGUCCGGGAGUGUUUUUUUUUUUUUUCUUCUUCCUUUUGUCUAUGUUGCGGGGUAUUACCAACUUCUGGUGCUCUAUUUUCAUUUUACCCAAGGCAGUCAUAAAGGAAGUGGAGAAGAUUUGUGGUGCUUUCCUAUGGAACAAUUCUGUUCUCACAGCUAGAGGGGCUAAAGUAAAUUGGAAUACAGUCUGUUCCCCAAAGCAGGAGGGUGGGUUAGGCCUCAAGAAUCUAGUGCAAUGGAACCAGGCAUGUAUUCUUAAAUUCAUUUGGCUGCUGUUUUCAAAAGCAGGGUCUAUUUGGGUAGCAUGGGUUCAUGAGUACUUGCUUAAAGGCAGAAGUUUCUGGACUAUUAAUCUACCAGCUGAUGCAUCCUGGGGGUGGAGGAAAAUUUUAAAUCUACGGCAGCUAGCUAGGCGAUUUAUCCAACAUGUCCCAGGAGAUGGCAAGGAUAUAUAUGUCUGGCAUGAUUUUUGGCACCCAUCUGGUCCAUUGCUGGAGGUCUAUGGAACUUCCAUUGUUCGAGAUGCGAGACUUCCUUAUCAGGCAAAGUUGGCUAGUGUAAUCAAUGGGAGUUUUUGGCAAUGGCCUCCUGCUAGGUGUCCCCAAUUGGUACAAAUACAAAUGCAUCUCUUUGAUAUCUAUCCUCAAGAAGGAGAAAAGGAUACUGUAGUUUGGGUGCCUUCUACAUCUGGUAGCUUCAAGAUCGGACAGACUUGGCAUUGGUUGCGAAGGAGACAAGAUAGGAAAAUAUGGCAUCGAUUGGUUUGGUUUUCCCAAGCUAUUCCUAAACAUAGCUUCAUUAGUUGGCUAGCUGUGCUUAAUCGACUAAGCACAAGGGCAAGGCAGAAGCAAUGGACCCCCACAAUUUCUGAUACCUGCAUCCUUUGCAAUGGCAGUCCAGAAACAAAUGAGCACCUCUUUUUUAAGUGUAGCUACACAAGACGAAUAUGGCAACAGCUUAGCUCUAUGCUUGCAAUCUACCACACAUGGUUGGAAAGAAACAGAAGGUUUCACCAGCAACUUUUUAAGGUAGAGAGCAUGAUUGUUCAAGACAUUCAAUUUGAGGUAAGGAGCAGGAUUUUGGGUUUUUCUCAGCCAAACUCUUCUCUCCUACCCAUGGGGAUUGCAUGCAAAUGGGGUCUUGAAACAAUUGUGAAACAUUAACCUUUGUAUUGUUUGUACAGUUUUAAUCAUUCUUUUUGACAGUUUCUUUUGCUUUGUAGCAGCUUAUUAGCUGCUUUAUUGUACAAACAGUUAUAUUGGAUAAUAAGAUUUACAUUUUAUCCAAAAAAAAAAAAGAUCUUAUUU